AUGCAUGAUCUUUGUGUUAAACAGCGAUGGAUGACAACAUCACCAACUGCGUUGAGUAGAAUAACACCUACAAACCCGCACUAUUCAUCAGACUCGAAUAGUAAUUCCAACCAAAGCCCUCCUACACCAGCCACGUCGAUCAGGUUAAAGGCUGAUUGCGAAACACAGACAGAUUUUCAGGAGCCUGAUGUUGCACCCCCAGAAGAAAUUGCGAAGCGGGAUCGUUUGAUACAAGAACUCAAAAAUCAGUUAAUCGAGGAACAGAAUAAGACAGCUUACGAACGUAGGAAGAAUGAAUCUGCUAAAGAAGCUCUCAAACGGAUACUUAUUGACAAGAAUACUAUGGAACGAAAGGCAAUACGUGACAAGACUACCGAGAACACACCCAGAAUUGGUCAGUACAAACUUGUUCGUCAUGGUGAUUCCUUUCGAGAAAUAUGGGUUGAUGGUUGGGCUCAAGAAGAACUUGAUAAGAAGAUGCAGCAGAUAGCAAAUGAAAGGAAUGAGAUAGCAAAUGCUUCUGCAUUAUUAAAGAAGCGUAAGCCAGUUGGAAUUGCUAAAGAGGGAACAACACCGAAAAGGUAUCCUGCGGUACAGACGGAUACAUCGAUGCCAUCAACGUCUUCUGGCGACGAUGCAGUAUUUCGCCGACCUGAGGAACCCAAAGAAAUUAAUUAUCAGGAGUAUAUCGAACUGGAUGAAAUUUAUAAACUUCGUCGUGAACAUAUGAAAAAAGAGGAGUUGGAGGUGAUUGCGGAAAAGGAGAAACUCGAUCGAGAACGUCAGCUUCACUUGAGGGAGCUGAAGAGAGCAAGUAAUGAAAGAGAUUCCCGUUACAAGGAUCACGAAGUGCUUAACAAACGCUACUUGUUACUUUCGCUACUCGGCAAAGGUGGAUUCAGUGAAGUGUGGCGAGCUUUUGACCUUGAGGAAAAUCGAUUCGUCGCGUGUAAAAUCCAUCAUGUUAAUAAGGAAUGGAAGGAAGAAAAAAAGGCCAACUACGUGAAACAUGCCAUGCGAGAAAAGGAUAUUCACAAGACACUUGAUCACUGUCGCAUCGUAAAACUGUUCGAUCUGUUCACCAUUGACAAUCAUUCGUUUUGUACAGUUCUUGAGUACUGCACGGGUAAUGACCUUGAUUUCUACCUCAAACAGAACAAGUGUAUCUCAGAGAAAGAGGCUCGGAGUAUUAUAAUGCAGGUGGUCUCAGCACUUGUUUAUCUGAAUGAGAAAAAGCCUCCAAUAAUUCACUAUGAUUUGAAGCCUGCUAAUAUUCUUUUGGAGUCCGGGACAACAUGCGGCGCCAUUAAAAUAACAGAUUUCGGUCUGUCGAAGAUCAUGGAAGGCUCAUCUGACGAUGAUAGCAUUGAAUUAACAUCUCAAUUCGCUGGCACUUAUUGGUAUCUUCCGCCAGAAACAUUUGUAGUUAGUCAUGCGCCUCCAAAAAUAAGCUCCAAAGUUGAUGUAUGGAGUGUUGGUGUGAUUUUUUAUCAGUGUAUCUAUGGAAAGAAGCCAUUCGGAAAUGAUCAAACGCAGCAGAAAAUACUCGAAGAGAACACCAUACUGAAGGCUAGUGAGGUUCAUUUUCCAGCGAAACCUCAAGUAAGUCCAGUUGCACAGGAUUUUAUACGUCGAUGUUUACAAUAUAAAAAGGAGGAUCGAGCAGACGUAUUCGAGCUGAUGAAGCAUGAAUUAUUUCGGCCGCGUGGACAGGUACGAUUUACUCCGGCACUGUAUGUUAGUAAAAAGGACAUCGAGCCCACAGUUUAA